UAGAACUCAAUGACGGAAAUGAAGUAAUGGGUCAGAGAUGAAACGACAUGAAACAGAAAACAACAAAGAUUAAAGUUCCAGCGAAUCAUUUACAUAAUUGAUCUUUUAUUUGCCUGUUAUUUAUUUCAAGGUAUAAAACUGUCUGAACAGAGACCUGACUAUUUUUCUGCAGAUGGCUCCUGUUCCUGAAGAAGGGGAACAUAAUGCCAAACCGGCAGACACAGAACUUUUAGAUGACAUACCAGUUCCAGAUGUGUUCAUAGAUGCUAUUAAUUCAGAUAGUGAAGAUGAUGAUUCUGAAGAUGGUUUCCAAGGAUAUCAAAUGUUGCCCCAAGAAGUAGAGGAAGAUGAAGGAUCAGUAGAUGACGAUUCUCAUGAUGAAAUAGGCAUUUCUCAGAUAGAUGAGGUAAUGAGAAAUAGUGGUGUCCAUGUUCAGGCAGGAGGAGGAGCCCCUUCCUAUAUGCAGGUGCCUGAACUCCCUAAACCAGACCCACACACUUUACUUUGGAAUCAGAAAGGGGAAGAAGACAGAAUUGACUUUGAUGAAGAAAAUGCAGAAAAGAUCAAAACUGUUAUGAAGAAAAUACAACUCCCUUUGUGUAACAUUCCUGACUGGGCCAAAGAUAUACCAGAGGACCAAUGGAAAGAAAAAAUAGCAAAAAUGCAAGACAAAAAUUCAUAGCAUUAUUUAUAUGUAUAUUUUGUGUAUUGUAUGCAAUACUUGUGUAAUGCAUGAUGCUGUAUGUGCAAUGAAUGUUAUGGAUGAAUGUAAUGUGAUAUAGGUAUUAAAUAUACUAGAUUUUU